UAUUUCCCAAUGGUAUACCGGUACGAUGUGUUGUUGGCCAGACGUUUUUGCUUUAUUGUGAAGUGAAACAGCAAAAAGAGAGCCGUACUCGCUCUCAAACCCGGCGAAAUUGUGGCGUUUUUCAACUUCUUCAGCACAUUCUUUGCCAGUAUGGCUUCGUCAAAGACCCUCGAGAUCACGCAAGAAGCUUGGCUGGAUAAACUACAAAGUCUUCACAUCACCCGGUCCGAUAUGAAUAAACUGAUCAUGGAUUAUCUGGUGACAGAGGGUUUCAAAGAUGCAGCAGAGAAGUUUCAGCAGGAGUCCGGCACGCAACCAGCCACGACGCUGGACUCUAUGAGCGAGAGGAUACAGAUCAGAGAAGCGAUCCAAGAAGGCAGGAUAGAGGAAGCCAUUGGAUUGGUCAAUGAUAUCCACCCGGAGCUCCUAGAUAAUGACAGAUAUCUGUACUUCCAUCUACAGCAACAGUACCUGAUUGAGUUGAUCAGGAAUGGCCAGUUGGAGUCAGCUCUGGAGUACGCUCAGACCAAUCUUGCCGAGCGAGGAGAAGAAAACGCUGAAAUCUUGCCGGAGCUGGAGAGGACGCUAGCCCUCCUGGUGUUUGAGAAUCCAGAAACGUCACCCUUUGCGGACCUCUUGCAUCCCUCACAGAGACAAAAGGUCGCCAGCGAGCUAAACUCAGCCAUUCUGGAAGCCGAGAGCCGCGAGUCGAUGCCCAAGCUAGCCAACCUCCUCAAACUCCUCCUGUGGUCCCAAGAACAACUGGACGCCAAGAAGGUCAAAUUCCCUAAGAUGAAGGACCUGGCUAAGGGCGAGUUCCAAGGACCCAAAUGAUGAACGGAGUCGUCCUCCACUCAAAAGCCUACCCCCAUGAAAUCAUAGACUGUGGAUAUUGAUCACCUCUCGUGUCUCCUGUGACUCCUACAAGGAGAGCUAGAUAUAAGUGACUUAUCUCCAAACACUUGCACCAGAGAACACACCGGCCAAAAUAAAAGUUCUUGGGACGGAAACAUUGAAGGGAGAUGCAAACUCCUUCCCUUGGGAAAGAAUAUACGUACUCUGCGAUCAGUGGCGGCACCAGACUCUACAAUUUUUUAUUUAGUUAUGUGGGUUUUUUUUUGUGUGGGGGGGGGGGGGAAGUGGGGAAGAAGCAAAGAUAUAUUUUGGGGGGCAGUCAAAAUAAUGUGAUUUCCAAAAGCUAAGGCGCAAGUGAUCCAAUAUCAGGUGUAAAUACAACACAGUGGAUAUAGUUUGUUAUAAUGGUAUGGGCCAACAGUGCCCCCAGGGAAAACAGUUCAUCGACAACUGAUGGGGCUACCCUGGUAAAAUAACACAAAAUAAAUAAAUAAAUAAAGUGUGCACAGAACCAACAUUUUACUUUCUACUUUCAACUAUAGUUCUGAUUCUGAACAGCGAAGGAAAUGUACAGAAUUAAUUUCUACAUCUGGGGUAGGGGAAGAGAAAAACGUGCCCCCCCCCCCCCUCCCCUUUAGCGCCGCCCUGUCUGCGAUAUUAAUAGCCUUGCGUAGACCACAAACCAUAAACGUGUUUUAUGAAUUACAGACUUGCCCACUUAUGGUUUAAAUUACGUGCAUAUUUAGGUACAUUUGUAAAUAAUGAAGAGUAAAGCAACAUGGACUCUGAGGAACUGUUGACAGAACGCCUUUCUGUCUUAACCACUUGACAGAAAAAAAUAUGCACAAAUUUUAUUAUGUGAUCAUGUGACUUCAAAUCACAUGAUUUAGAUCACAUGACUUUAUCGAAAUGAAGCCACACACAAGGAUUCAACGUCUGUAUGUAUUAAACAAUCAUUAGUAAACUUUUUGUUAAUAAUUAUAUAUUAUUUUCUUUUAUAAUGUAAAUAAGCUUUUUUUUGGUCUUUUUGUUCUGUCUGUAUGCAAUAAUAAAAAUUGUGUUAAUGUCAUUGUUACCUGCCCAGUAGAGAUAUUGAUUUAAAUAGCCCUUUGACAUAUUAA